AUGAAAAUCCUUUGCGUUGCGGAAAAACCGUCAAUUGCAAAAACAAUUUCAAAUAUUCUUGGAGGUGGAAAUGUUCACACAAGAAAAACAAAAGAUAUUUAUAACAAAAAUUAUGAUAUUCACUUUAAAUUUAAUUUUAACUGGGGCGACAGUUCUGUUACAUUUACAUCUGUUAGAGGGCAUUUAUUAGAAUGGGAAUUCGAAGAAACAUUUAGAAAGUGGAAUACAUGUAAUCCUUUAAGUUUAUUUGAAGCAAAAAUCAUCACGACAAUCAAUAAAGAAAUGAAAAGUAUUCAUGAAAACCUUUUAAAAGAAAGUAAAUAUGCAGAAGGACUUUAUAUUUGGACAGAUUGCGAUAGAGAAGGUGAAUAUAUUGCUGCAGAAAUCGUUAAUAUAGUACGAGAGGCGAAUCCAAAGAUUGAAAUAAAACGUGCACAUUUUAAUAAUCUUGAAAAAACACAUAUUUUAAAAGCUGCUCAUCAACCCUUCAAUAUCGAUCAAAAACAAGUUAAUGCAGUUGCUGCACGUAUAGAAUUUGAUUUAAGAAUAGGAUCAGCGUUUACACGUUUUCAAACUUUAUCAUUACAAAAUUUUGAACCUUUAGCAAAAGAGAUAGUUAGCUAUGGUUCAUGCCAAUUUCCAACUCUUGGUUUUGUAGUUGAUAGAUGGAAACGAAUCGAAAAUUUUGUUCCUGAAAAAUUUUGGUCUAUUAAAAUUUAUUUUCAUAAUUAUCAAACAUCAUUUAAUUGGAAACGAAUUAGACUUUUUGACAGACUUUCUGUUAAAAAUGUUUUACAAAAACCAAAGAGAAGGAAACCAUAUCCACUUACAACAGUUGAACUUCAAAAACAAGGAGUAAAAUACUUGGGAUUAUCUUCAAAAGACAUAAUGAAAAUAGCAGAGACUCUUUACACAAAAGGCUUUAUAAGCUACCCAAGAACAGAAACAGACCAGUUUAGCGAUGAUAUCGAUUUACAUAGUUUGAUUCGAAAACAAAUAAAUGAUGAGCAAUGGGGUAGUUAUGCUCAAAGUUUAUUAAAUGGGAAGUUUUCUCAUCCUAGAAAAGGAAAAAAUGACGAUAAAGCACAUCCCCCAAUUCAUCCUAUAGCUUAUGUAAAAAAAAACACAUUAAGAUCUGUUGAUGAAUAUAAAGUUUAUUCUUUUAUUGUUAGACAUUUUCUUGCCUCUUGUUCUCAAAAUGCACAGGGAAAACAAACUACAGUUAUUGUACAGUGGGGAAAUGAAUUUUUUUCAACAUCAGGUCUUGUUGUAUUAGAGAAAAAUUACUUAGAUAUUUAUUUAUAUGAAAAAUGGAAUUCAUCUACUUGUUUACCUAUUUUUAACGAAGGAGAAGUAAUAGCAUUCGAUUAUAGUGAAAUGUCAGAAGGGAAAACAGAACCUCCAGCGCAUUUAACUGAAUCAGAAUUAAUCAACUUAAUGAAUAUUAAUGGAAUUGGUACAGAUUCUACUAUAGCAGAACAUAUUCAAAAAAUUAUUGAUCGAAAAUAUGUAUUUAGGCAACUUAAAAAUAUUAAAAAUCAUAAGAACAGAGAUAAAAUUUAUGAAUUUGUACCUAGUACAUUAGGCAUAGCAUUAGUAGAUGGUUACGAUAAAAUUGGGUUUAAUCAAAGUUUGACUAAACCCUUUCUACGAAAAGAGAUGGAAUUGAAAUUAAAAAAUAUAUGUAAUGGUAAAUCCUCAAAAGAAGAAUUUCUAAAAGAUGUUAUUAGUCAAUAUAAAGACUUAUUUAUUAAAGCCAACCAACAAGUUGAUAUUUUGAAAGAGUCCGUUCGUCGAUAUCUAAAUAUUUAA